AGCACUUUUGUAAGUCGCUCUGGAUAAGAGUGUCUGCUAAAUGCCGUAAAUGUAAAUGUAAAUGUAAAUGUCAGGUCAGCUGCCUUUGCAAAUAAAGACAAAUCUGUUUAAUCUAUAAAGAACUGAACAUGAAGACUACUAUACAUUUCUAGGAGCCCUGUUACUGUGUAAAUAUUUUCAUGGGUGUUAGUAUGUAUGCGAAAUGGUCAUGUGUGACAUCCUGAGACACAGAAAAUAAGACAUUUUAUUGAAAGAUUUGGAGCAUAUGCCCCAAUUUGUCGAUUGUCCAUAUCCUCCAAACUCACUGUGUCUGGGUUCUGAUUCAAGACUCUGUUCGGUGUGACUCAUAAUAAUUACUGUAAUUGCAGUAGAGCUGCUUCUCCUCGCACUCGCAGGUUAAGAGGGUGGACUGUGUGGGUUUGAACGCUGGAACAAUCAGUUCCUGCUUUUAGAGCUGACAGACGUUUGAAAGCGUUCCGUUAUUAAUCAGGAGCGACUUCGCAUUGUCCAUCGGCGCAUGGGGGAUGCUACUGAAGACGUAAGAUGAGAGACGAGGAAUACAUGUUCAUAUUUUCAUCCCUAGUCUGUGGUCAGACGUGUAACGUUUGACGUUUAUGGUCUAACACAUCUAGCAUGGUCCGUCAUCGCGAACGAUCAAUAAAUGGCAAAGAGAAAUCUCCUUCCAAGAAAAGACGGUCAUCCAAAAAUAUUUGGAAAAAUUGAACAAGAGCCAAAAUCCAGAAAUCUCAUUGUUUAUGUCAGGAUUCAUAUCAGUUCCUAGAUACAGAUGCGUUGUUAAAACCUCCCUCUCACCGAGACUCUGCAUUUUCAUUUAUUGUGCGCUAUCACCUUUGUCUACGUGCAGAAUUGGGUUAGUUCGUUGGCGCAUGCGCAUUUGAGAGGAAAUUCAUGAGCAGGGUAACUGGACAGCGAGUGAAAAGCCAGAAAGAAAGACGGUGCUUCCAGGGCAUCCUUACUAUUCGCACCGACGGGAAAGCAAUGUCAUUCAUUGGCUGUCAGUGAUUAUAUGUAAACCAUCUCAGUGUGGAUGCAUUAUAUAUCUAUGUUUCUGAGGGAAAUUUCCUUGUAGAAUUUUUUUCUUUGUUGGAAUCCACAGGUCGUUUUGUUGGCGGAAAACCCGCGUUGCUCCGAUUAACAAGUAUCGCUACCAUGAAGAAACCUUCCAGGGAAAUACAGCGCUCAUUCUCGUUUUUCUAGAUGUAGUCUGUCUGUCACGGGAGACGCAACCCAAGACGCCGCCCUCUUGUUCGAAGCAUGAUAACUCAAACGAGGGUUCUGUUGCAUUUCCUUUCACUACUGAUAUUUGCUGUGCGAGAAUGCAGGCCAGUGUGUGUGGACGCCGUCUCAGACACAGAGGCGGUGCUGGGAAGACCGAUGAAACUGACCUGUGUCUCCUGUAUGAAGCGGGAGGAAAUCAGCGCUGAGACCAGGGUGAACUGGUACUACACAGGCCCGGACGAUGACCGGCAGUCUAUAUUCCUGUACGAUGGCAGACCGCGGGACCUCGAGGGUCCCUGGAAGGGGCGGCUACAGUGGAACGGCAGCAAGGACCUGCAGGACGUCUCCAUCAGCAUCAUCAAAAUCAGGCUCAAUGAUAGCGGCCGGUACGAGUGCGUGGUCCACCGCCAGUUCUCCUUUAACCUCUACACACCGUCCAUGGAGAAGCGUGUCGAGAUCAAGCUGGUGGUGAAGGAGAAAGCGAGUACUGACUCCACAGCAUGGUACUCGGAGAUCAUGAUGUACGUGCUGUUGGUGUUCCUCACCUUCUGGCUGCUGGUGGAAAUGAUCUACUGCUAUAGGAAGAUCUCCAAAUCAGACGAGCAAACCCAGGACAGUGCGACAGACUACCUAGCCAUUCCGUCGGAGAAUAAAGAGACUCCGGCUCCUGCAGUAAUGGAAUAAAAGUGGUUGUCUCUCACACACGAUACGGUACUGAUGACUCCUUCUGGUGAUUGGCUUGAAAAGCAGGCGAGACCUGAUCCUGCCCAGCCUGACAGAUGCACUGAGAUAACAGGAAACCUGCCAAAACAAAGUCCUGUCAUCUCGGUCACGUGGUGUGAAGGCAAACUCCCUCCUGAUUAAUAAACCACCCCUUCUCUUUCUAUAUUUCUCUUUCUCUCAGAGAAGCUUUACACACCUUUAACCCUAAAAUGAAGACGAGGUCAUGUUUGUGUUUUUUCAAUUAUUGCCUUAGAAGAAAUACAACAUUCAGAACAGCAAUCAGAAAGGAAAAGCUACCACACUGCCUGUUUCCAGGAAGGCAGACUGCUUUGCCUAAGUUUGACGCCCAUCGUGCCCUUUGACAGACCUCUGGGCCUUUGGUACACUAUGUUCUUACUAUUUUGAUAAAAAAAAAAAAAAUCAUUUUUUAAAAACACAAUCUGGCAUCUUUUCAUCCACUAUUUUAUAUAUGAAAUAAAGGAAUGCUGGUACAUCCCAGCGUUGAGAGUCCAUAUCCAGCCCGGCUACCUUAACCAGACGGAGUCUCUGAGAGUGAGUUGAGUAAUCUGCUGUAGUGUGUUUGUGGUCUCUGUGGUUUCGUGUGUGAAAGACCCAUGGUUACCUUAUAUGUCAGUCAUGGUAAUAUGCUUUUUUAACUGACGUGUCGCUCAGCCAUUUUAACCUGAACAUUUGAAGGUAUGUGGGCUAAAUAUUAAGAGAAGCCACCCCAAGGAUAUGUAGUUGUAGUUCCAUUCAAUCUUAUGUAACAGGAGUUCUAACAUGCACUGUAAUCAUAUUGAUAUCACUUAUUGUGAUUGAUAGAUCAAUAAUGCUCUGUGAUGACGCAUCGUUACUGAUAACUGCUCAAUAAUGCUCCGUGAUGAUGCACUGUUAUUAAUGACUGCUCAGUAAUACUCUGUGAUGACUAUGGAAUACUCUACUCUGUACUCAGUGCUAACCUUACAGACUGUUGGAUAAGUUGUGCACUAUGCUAUGCCUACAUCUACAAGUUCUACACCUAUAUCCAGUUCUUUUUACAUGUGGAUUUGGUCUCAGAUAGACUUUUUUUUUUUUUUUUUUUUUUUUUUUUUUACAAGACUCACAUGCUAUAACUUAAUCUGCGUAAGGUUUUCACUGUCGUCAGUGGCAACACCAUUGUGUGCUGGGGUUGAUCAAGUCAGAUGACUGUUGAAUGCACUGCUGCCAUUAGUUUACCUACAGUCGGUAUCUACUUUUACAGUUUGUGACAGUGUAAAAUAACUCUGCUAUUAUUUGUACUUUUUUCCUCUUUGGAACAGUUGCCUUUUGCAUUGUUUUAUAAGAUGCUGCCAAUAUAUUGGGACAAAUGUAACUGCCAAAAAUAGCCAUAUAUAUAUAUAUAUAUUGUGUGUGUGUGUGUGUGUGUGUGUGUGUGUGUGUGUGUGUGUGUGUGUGUGAGUGUGUCUGUGUGUUUGUUUGUUUGUUUGUUUGUUAAGCUUGUCAUCUACUAUUAAGGAAAUUAAAUGCAUUCUAAAAGUC